AUCCUGUGUAAAUAAUUGUAAUUUAAAUAAUCUAAAUUUCGUAUUUAACGAAAGCACACACACCAUCAAAGGAAUUGCAAUUGCGAAGGCUUUUUAAGUGCAUGUUUUGUGUAUAUUUUCAUCAUUAAAACGUCGUGUAAAUUAAAAUUCAUCCUAAUUAUAAUUAAUAAACUACAUUAAUAAACGAAAAUUCCACAAUUCUCCAAAAUCAAUUUGUAAAAAUUCAAGUUUUAACCAAUUCUCAUACGUAAUUAAAAAAAAAAGUUCAGUUUUGUUAAGUCCCAAGAAACAACAGCUGUGCAACUGUGUAAAAUAUUAUCAAUAAUUUUUGUGUAAAUUUAUGUAAAAAAAAAACCAAACACGACAACCAAACCAAACGAAGAAAAUUAAUUUUUUUGAGCCAAGAGUGUAUGAAAAAAUCUCAGCAAAGCCUGUAAAUUAAAUGUUAAAUAUAAUAAGCAAAAAGUGUGGUUUCUUUUACAACAAAAACAAGUGUUAAUCCGGAAGGAAAAAUUGAAAAAAAAAAAGCUGAGAAGAACAAUUUGUGAAUUUGUUUCGAAAAGAAUCGAGAUAAGAACGCGUGUGUGGUGGUUGGCUUAAAUUUUUGAAAGUAAAACCAAACAAAGUUGGCAAUACGCGCAAAAUUGUCAGCUGCGAUAGCUAGGAAAAGCCUCCAAAAUUGAGCUCCUAACCGCGCCCACAAUUGCCAUAUCGACGCCUUCGCCGCAGCAGCAGCAACAGCAACAUCAACAGCAGCAGCAGCAGCAUCAACAACACCAGCAGCAACAGCAACUCUACCAGCAACAUCAGCAGCAACAUUACGGUCCACCACCGCCCUAUUUUCAACAACUUCAUCAGCAACACCAACAGCAGCAGCAGCAACACCAGCAGCAACAGCAACACCAACAGCAGCAACACCAGCAACACAUGAAGUUUUUGGGUGGCAACGAUGAUCGCAAUGGCCGAGGAGGCGUCGGCGUUGGCACGGAUCCCAUUGUGGUAGGAUCUCGCGGUGGUGGUGGCGUUUCCCAAGAUGCCGCCGAUGGCUAUGUCUUCCAGCCACGCCCUUCGCCGGGCGGUGUGGGCGGAGUGGGGGGCGGUGUACCCGGCGUCGGUGCCGUGGGCUCGACCUUACACGAGGCCGCUGCCGCCGAAUACGCAGCCCACUUUGCCCAGAAGCAACAGCAGACGCGAUGGGCAUGCGGCGACGAUGGCCACGGCAUUGAUAACCCGGACAAAUGGAAGUACAAUCCUCCGAUGAAUCCGGCUAAUGCAGCUCCAGGCGGACCGCCAGGAAAUGGAAAUAAUGGUGGUCCCGGUGCCAUUGGAACCAUUGGCAUGGGCAGCGGAUUGGGCAGCAUGGUCGGCGGAGGUGGAGGCGGUGGUGGGUCUGGAAACAAUGGAGGCUCCGGCACGAAUGGUGGCAUGCAUCAUCCAUCGAUGGCCGCAGCAGCAGCCAAUAUGGCCGCCAUGCAACAGGCAGCGGCGGUGGCAAAGCACAACCACAUGAUGUCGCAGGCAGCUGCCGCCGUUGCAGCCCAACAGCAGCAGCAACAUCCUCACCAACAACAUCCCCAGCAGCAGCAGGCACAGAAUCAGGGACAUCCGCAUCAUCUAAUGGGCGGUGGCAAUGGACUGGGCAAUGGCAACGGAUUGGGCAUCCAACAUCCCGGCCAGCAGCAGCAGCAACAACAGCAGCAGCAGCAACAUCCCGGCCAGUACAAUUCGAAUUUGCUGAACCAUGCCGCUGCCUUGGGUCACAUGUCAUCUUAUGCCCAAUCCGGCGGCAAUAUGUACGAUCAUCACGGUGGAGCCAUGCAUCCGGGCAUGAAUGGUGGCAUGGCCAAGCCCCCGCCAUUGGGUCCUCCCGGAGCCGGAGGACCGCAGGAUUACGUCUACAUGGGUGGCCAGACUACGGUGCCCAUGGGCGCAGCGAUGAUGCCGCCCCAGAAUCAAUAUAUGAAUAGCUCCGUGGUUGCGGCCGCCAAUCGGAAUGCAGCGAUCACCACAUCCACUGCCAAGAAAUUGUGGGAGAAAUCCGAUGGCAAGGGCGUGACCUCUGGCAAUCCAAGUGGACCACUGAAUCCCUUGCAGAUUCCUGGCAUCGGUGAUCCCUCUUCAGUGUGGAAGGAUCACACCUGGUCCACACAGGGCGAGAAUAUCCUGGCCCCGCCCCCUUCGCGGGGAUACGCCCCCCAUGGAGGUGCUUCCGAUACUUCGAACAGCGGCAAUGCGGGCAUACUGAGUCCCCGCGAUUCAACUUGCGCCAAAGUGGUGGAAUAUGUUUUCAGUGGUUCGCCCACCAACAAGGAGAGCCCUCUUUCCGGAUUGGAGCCGCGAUUGCGCAAUCUGAAGUUUGACGACAACGAUAAGUCACGCGAUGAUAAGGAAAAGGCAAACUCUCCGUUCGACACAAACGGAUUGAAGAAGGACGAUCAGGUCACAAACACAAAUGGUGUUGUCAACGGCAUUGACGAUGACAAGGGCUUCAACCGCACCCCUGGUUCACGUCAACCAUCUCCCGCCGAGGAGUCCCAGCCACGACCCCCAAAUCUGCUCUUCCCCCCACUGCCCCCCUUUAACCACAUGCUCAUGGACCACGGCCAGGGCAUGGGCGGUGGUCUGGGAGGGGUCGUCGGUUCUGGCAAUGGGGUCGGAGGAGGGGGCGGUGGAGGCGGGGCGGGCGGCGCGUAUGCGGCCCACCAGCAGAUGGCUGCCCAGAUGAAUCAGUUGCAGCCGCCGAUGAUGAACGGCGUUGGCGGCGGAAUGCCAAUGGCAGCUCAGUCACCCAUGUUGAAUCACCAGGCAGCUGGACCCAAUCAUAUGGAAUCGCCAGGAAAUCUAUUGCAGCAGCAAAAUUUUGAUGUUCAGGUAGGUGACAAUGUAAGUGACGACGUGCUUUCGCUCGCUUUUAACCAGAAUCAACAACUGUUCCGCUCGCAGAAUCCGGGCCUUGCAGCGGUAGCCACAAAUGCGGCGGCCGCAGCAGCAGCCGCAGCAGCUGCCACAUCGGCAGCGAGUGCUGCCGCGGCGGUGGGUGCUGCCCCCGUGCCCAACGGAUCGCUGCAGCAGUCGCAGCAGCAGCAGCAACAGCAGCAGCAGCAGCAACAGAUGCAAAUGGCGGCGGCGUCGCAACAGUUUCUGGCCGCCCAGCAGGCGCAGAAUGCGGCCUAUGCCGCCCAGCAGGCCACGCCCUACGUCAUCAAUCCGGGCCAGGAGGCUGCCCCCUACAUGGGCAUGAUUGCCGCCGCCCAGAUGCCGCAGUACUACGGCGUGGCGCCAUGGGGCAUGUAUCCGGGCAAUCUGAUUCCGCAGCAGGGAACGCAGCCGCGCCGCCCCCUCACCCCCUCGCAGCAGGGUGCCGAAAAUCAGCCGUAUCAGGUCAUACCGGCCUUCCUCGAUCACACCGGCUCCUUGCUGAUGGGAGGACCCCGCACCGGGACGCCCAUGCGUCUGGUUAGCCCCGCCCCCGUUCUGGUGCCCCCGGGCGCCACCCGUGCUGGUCCCCCGCCCCCGCAGGGCCCCCAGCUCUACCAGCCGCAGCCGCAAACGGCCCAACAGAAUCUCUACUCGCAGCAGAAUGGCUCCAGUGUCGGAGGCCUCGCCUUGAACACAAGCUCGUUGACGGGUCGCCGCGACUCCUUUGACCGCAGCACCUCGGCCUUCAGUCCCUCGGCGAUGGACUACACCAGCAGCGCUGUGUCGGCCAAUGUGGCCAAUGCUGUGAACAGCUCGGUGGCCCAGGCGGCGGCAGCAGCAGCAGCCGCAGCAGCAGCCGCCGCAGCGCGUGGCAAGUGGCCGGGAGCGAGUGGGGCGUACGGAGCGCUCGGAGGAGCGGGCAAUGCCUCGGCUAGUCCGCUGGGUGCUCCUCUAACGCCGCCGCCGUCGGCGCAGUCCUGUCUGCUGGGCGGGAGUCGGGCACCUGGUGCCGAAUCUCGCCAGCGGCAGCAGCAGCAACAACAGCAACAGCAGCAACUGGCCGCCGCCGUUGGUCUGCCGGCAACUGCAGCGGCUGCUCAGGCCGCAGUGGCAGCGGCGGCCAACAACAUGUUCGGUUCGAAUAGCUCGCUCUUCUCGAAUCACCUGGCCAUUCCGGGCACAGCGGCCGUGGCAGCGGCGGCAGCAGCAGCAGCGGCAGCCAACUCGCGACAGGUGGCCGCCACAGCAGCGGCUGCAGCGGCGGCAGUGGCAGCGGCAGCCGGCGGAGUGGGCGGGGCCCCACAGCCGGGCAGAUCUCGCCUACUCGAGGAUUUCCGCAAUCAGCGGUAUCCCAACCUUCAGCUACGCGAUCUCGUCAAUCACAUUGUGGAGUUCUCACAGGAUCAGCACGGCUCGCGCUUCAUCCAACAGAAACUGGAGCGAGCCACGGCCGCCGAGAAGCAAAUGGUAUUCAGUGAGAUUCUGGCCGCAGCUUACAGCCUGAUGACCGAUGUCUUCGGCAACUAUGUCAUCCAGAAGUUCUUCGAGUUUGGCACUCCCGAGCAGAAGAACACGCUGGGCAUGCAGGUCAAGGGUCAUGUGCUGCAGCUGGCACUGCAAAUGUAUGGCUGUCGGGUGAUUCAGAAGGCCCUGGAGAGCAUUUCGCCGGAGCAGCAACAGGAGAUUGUCCACGAGCUGGACGGACAUGUGCUCAAGUGCGUCAAGGAUCAGAAUGGCAACCAUGUGGUGCAGAAGUGCAUUGAAUGCGUGGAUCCCGUCGCACUGCAGUUCAUCAUCAAUGCGUUCAAGGGGCAGGUCUACUCGUUGAGCACCCAUCCGUACGGUUGCCGGGUGAUCCAGCGGAUCCUCGAGCACUGCACCGCCGAGCAGACCACGCCCAUUUUGGACGAACUGCACGAGCACACCGAACAGCUGAUUCAGGACCAAUACGGCAACUAUGUUAUACAGCAUGUGCUAGAACACGGCAAGCAGGAGGAUAAGUCCAUUCUGAUCAACAGCGUGCGCGGUAAGGUCCUGGUGCUAUCGCAACACAAAUUCGCCUCGAAUGUGGUGGAGAAAUGCGUCACCCAUGCCACUCGUGGCGAACGCACUGGCCUCAUAGACGAGGUCUGCACCUUUAACGACAAUGCCUUGCAUGUGAUGAUGAAGGAUCAGUACGCCAACUAUGUGGUCCAAAAGAUGAUCGAUGUCUCGGAGCCGACGCAACUGAAGAAGCUAAUGACCAAGAUCCGGCCACACAUGGCCGCCUUGCGCAAGUACACCUACGGCAAGCACAUCAACGCCAAGUUGGAGAAGUACUACAUGAAGAUAACCAACCCGAUAACAGUGGGCACAGGCGCUGGAGGAGUGCCGGCGGCGGCAGCCUCGUCAGCGGCGGCAGUCAGCAGCGGUGGUAGUUGCACUUCGGUGACCGCCUGCGCCAGUGGAAGCAGCACCACCAGCACCACUAGCACCACCAACAGCCUGGCCUCGCCCACCAUUUGCUCGGUGCAGGAGAACGGCAGCGCCAUGAUUGUGGAGCCCUCCUCCCCGGAUGCCUCCGAAUCCUCAUCCUCGGUGGUAUCAGGGGCUGUGAACAGCGGCUUGGGACCCAUUGGACCCCCAACCACCGCCAAUGGUGUGCUGUAAGGGAAACAGGAGGAAUGGCAAGAAAACAAAAACAAAUAAAACCAGGCAGUCAAAGGAUGGAUGGAUCAUCCUUCUCGAAUCGCAGUAUAGUUUUUAGGAGCUAAAGAGCUAAAGCAUACCAUAAACAAAAACAUACAUAUAAAUGUAAACUAAUUUAUUGAAAAAAGCAGCGAUAAAUGGAGCUGCUCUCGGAGAUUUGUAAAGAUAAACACACACGCCAAGCUAGAGAAACAAAACAAACGAAAAGAAAAGCGACUGGCAAGCUAAAAUCGCAAAACUGCAAAACAGAAAGAAACUAAAACUAAAACAAAUUUGUAUUUUUACGAACAAUGAAUAAUAACACUCUCACGAAAGAAGAUUUCAAAAUAUUUGUACAAUGCGCUCGCAUAUUUAAUAUGUAAAAAAAGAAACACACAAACACACAAAGAUAUGAAGAAAAACCAUAAAGCUAACGCGUUAUAAAACGCAAUAAGCAAACACAAUGAAUGUAAAGUAAAAAUGUCAAGGUAACAAUUUUGUCUACGUACAUUUUCGUUGUAACUUUGUAUAAAUUAAUGAUUAUAUAGCAAGUCUAUUUGUAAAGGAUUUAUGUUUCGACUGUAAAUUGAUAAGAAGGACAACUGAAGAGAAAUGAAGAAUGUAGAAGAAAGCGGGCUACAUGAAUAGGCCUAGAAUUUAUAAGUGCAGACAGCGGAGGAACCAUUUAAAGUAAACAUAAACAUAUAUACGAGGGAUAAACAGCAGAAGCCACACUUAGUGUAGAAUGUAGAGUAAAACUGUUUUUGGAGCCAGCAGCAACCGAAACACAAUGAAAACAGAGACACACACAUACACACAAGACACGCCCACGCCCCCUCACGCACACUCGGAUGCAUAAACCCACAAAUACAUCCAGAAAUACAACCACAAAUGAACGACUCUUCAGCCCAUUCACGUUGCUUUUGCACUAUGUAAAAAUUUUGUAUAAAAAAACCCAAACUACAAUCCAUGUAAACCAUGUAAUUUUUUCAAAUGUUUCACUGUAAAAUGUAUACAUACUAUAUUUUGUAAAUUUUUUUUAAGUCGCGAGUAACUCAUACAUAUUCUAUUCUUAAACUGCACGCAUGUAUUUAUAAUUUUAUACAUAUUGGCUGGCGGCCACUCAUUGAAGAUCUCUACGAGGAUUUCGAUGCGCUGGGUGCCAGCUAAAAGAACCUGUUAGCCAAGUAAGUCCCACUGAUAAUGAUUUGAUUUUAAAACUAUAAACAUUAAAUAAACCAACCUUUUUCCAACAUU